UGCGGAAGUUACUUUUCAAGUAGGCAUUUUCGAAACGAAAACCAAGGUAGGCUUUUUUAGAGCCAAGUUAAAGUAAUGCUUUAAUGUUUACCAUCACGUGAUAAGUUAGAUAAUUCUAUAUUAUUUAUUACUUCUAUUUUGGCGAAAAGAGGAAACCUUUUAUACAUUUUCGCAUCAUGUCAAAGCCAAAUAAGCAUGAAAGUAAGCGUGGAAGUAAGCGUGAAAGUAAACGUUGUGUUGAAGCGCAGUGCCUGCCCAUCCUUCAACACAAAGCCACACUUACAAAGCUGGUGAAGGACAACGUGUUCCUUGUUGUGACUGGUGAAACCGGCAGCGGGAAAACCACACAACUUCCUCAGUAUUUGUAUGAAGCAGGUCUAUGGAAGGGGGGUAUAAUAGGGAUCACCCAGCCGCGGCGGGUGGCGGCUAUCACAGUCGCUCAGAGGGUCUCUCAAGAGAUGCACUUCACCUUGGGCAAAGAAGUGGGCUAUCAAGUGCGCUUUGAUGACUGCACAUCCCAGGCUACGGUGGUGAAGUACAUGACAGACGGCUGCUUGUUAAGAGAGAUCCUGGCAGAUCCUGGCCUUUCCCAAUACAGUGUUGUGAUUUUGGACGAGGCCCACGAGCGGAGUCUCAACACUGACAUUCUUUUAGGUUUGUUAAAGAAAACCCUCCUUCAGGCUGAUAAAGGCUCCAAGGACGGCUCAGUCCGGCUGCGCGUUGUGGUGAUGUCUGCCACGUUGGAGACGGAUAAGCUCUCCACCUUCCUCGGCCACUGCCCCGUGUUCACCAUCCCUGGAAGGACCUUCCCUGUGACCAGCCGGUUUGGUAACGCCAUAGGCCCCAAAGAAGUCGACAGCUCCAGAUACGUGAACGAGGUGGUGAGAGUAGCCCUCGAAGUGCACGUCAGUGAGGUGGCAGGGGACAUUCUGGUUUUCUUGACGGGUCAAUCCGAAAUUGAAAAGGCCUGCGACAUGUUGUAUGAGAAGGCAGAAAGUAUAGACUACCGUUAUGAUGUUCAGGACCAAACAGUGGAGGGACUUCUGAUCCUGCCUCUAUAUGGAUCCAUGCCCACUGAUCAACAAAGGCAGAUCUUUCAAGCGCCCCCUUCUGGAAUAAGGAAGUGUGUGGUGGCCACCAACAUCGCAGCAACAUCUCUAACCAUCAAUGGAAUAAAGUACAUUGUCGACAGUGGGUUUGUGAAACAGCUCAACCAUAACUCGAGGGUAGGCAUGGACAUACUGGAGGUGGUGCCUAUUUCCAAGAGUGAGGCCCAACAGAGAGCAGGCCGUGCUGGAAGAACUUCGGCUGGGAAGUGCUUCCGCAUCUACAGCAAUGAAUUCUGGGAGAAGUGCAUGCUUGACUACACGGUGCCAGAAAUCCAGAGGGCGAGCCUCACCAGCGUGGUCCUCACGCUGAAGUGCCUCGGGGUUCACGACGUCAUCAGGUUCCCUUACCUGGAUCAUCCAGAAGAGCGGUUGCUAUUGGAAGCCCUCAAGCAGCUCUACCAGUUUGAUGCUAUUGACAGGAGAGGCCAGGUGACCCAGCUGGGUAGACUGAUAAUGGAGUUCCCCCUGCAUCCGGGCCUAACCAGGGCUCUGCUGAAGGCUGCAGCCUAUGGAUGUGAAGACAUUCUCCUCCCCUUGGCCGCCAUGCUUUCGGUGGAGAACAUCUUCAUCAGACCAGGGCAUCCAGAGAAGCAAAAGGAAGCAGAUAAGAAGCAAAGAAAUAUGGCUGCCCAGUCGGGCGGUAUGAAUGACUUUGCCACCCUACUGAGUGUGUUUCAGUGGUGUAAAGCCAGCGAUUCUCCGUCAGCAUGGUGUAAAGAGAACUGGAUCCACUGGAGGGCGCUAAAGUCAGCUUUCAGCAUAGAGACUCAGCUGCGGGAAAUUCUGCUCCGGCUACAACAGAAGAAAGAUUUCCCUGUGGAAACGUUUGCUGGCAACAAAAGUGAACUGUUCAGAAGAUGCCUCUGCACUGGAUACUUCACCAAUGUUGCUAGGAGGUCUAUUGGAAAGAUAUUUUCCACAAUGGAUGGUCAUGGAACCGCAGUUCAUGUUCAUCCGUCAUCUUCGUUAUUUGACCAGGAGGCGGAGCUGGACUGGGUCAUCUUUCAUGACAUGAUGGUCACCUCCCGGGUGUACCUCAGGACAGUGUGUCCGAUCCGCUACGAUUGGGUGAAGGACCUGCUGCCUAAGCUUCAUGAGGUUGAUGCCUAUGAGCUGAGCAACAUAGCAAGGGAAGAGGUCAAUGAGGAGGAGCUGGCCAAAUUGGAAUCGAAGGAGGCAAAGAGACAAAAAGAGGGAUUGGAUGAAGACACGGCAAAGAAACUGGAGAAGCGAAACGACGAGACAUCAGUCGGAGACGCCCGCGCUCGCUACCUGCAGAGAAAGUUAGAACGACAACAUAAAUUGUGACGUAACAUGCAGUCAACACCAAGGAUGCCCUUCAACACCAGGGUGGAAGUCCCAGUGCCGCAGAGAAGAUUAAUGAAUCAUAAAUGAUGAUCCAUCCACGCUCAAAACAGGACCUUUUUAAGAUAGGUUUUACAGUGUAUAAUAAAACGUACAAACUUUUUUAAAAA